AUGUCCGCCCAGCCCAACAACUACACCUACCACCCUCGUCCCUACCACCCACACGCGCCUUCCUUCCCAGCCAACGAAGAUCGCUUCUCCAGCGCUUCAAAUGCCAUCUCCUCCAUCGGCAAUAUCCUUUCCUCGCCGUACGACACCGACGACUCGGACACGGAGGAUGUCAUCCGCACGCCCUCGGACCGCGCCCCGCACGGCGCAUCUCCUAUCGGCAACAAUACUGGUCGAGGGGACCGGCGCCUCACGCAGACGCGGCAGGUACCUGUAAAUUAUAUGCGGAGCGUCGCGGGGGAGGUGGAGGUCAUAGCGUUUGACCAGAACCGGUCAUCCCCUUCGCCGACCGCCCGACCCGCGGGUCGCGUCGACGCGCAAGGUAACAAGCGCGUCACCAUCGUCGACUUUCCCUCACCUUCCAUCUCCCCCAGCUCCGAGAAGAAGUCAUACUUUCCUCAACAGCAGCAGCCGACCACACCUCCUCGAAUCUACAACCCUACCUCCUCGCCCAUCCGUAAACCGUCCCCAGGCGGACUAGCGUACCCCUCCCCCGCCCGAUCAGGCCCCAUGGCUUCCCCUUCCCCGCGCACCGCAUCCGCCUCCCCAGCUCGCGGCUACCCUCAGCCUCAAGCUCGGCCACAGCUCCACCUCCUCACUCAGACAGCCGCGACGCAUGGUCUCCUCCCUCCCCGCCAGAUCCCUGACCUCCCGCCGCCCGCAUCGCCCAUCAUUCCCAUCCUCGCCCAGCCUCCUCCAUCCCAUGCGUCUCCCCUCCCUCGCUUCCUCGGCCCCGCAGCGGGCAACCGCGACUCUACCGCCUCGGGCGUAUCGACUAACGAGUCCAUCGCGGGGUAUGACAGUAUGAAGGAGAAGAAUGCGCUGUUCCGCGGAGGGGAAGAAGAGCUCCUCGCGUUCAGCCCGAGGAUAAAGAAGAUGGGUCAGGGUCCGGGUGCGGCGAAUCGGGGGACAUGGAUGGGGAGGAGACGGACGAUCGUUGGCGGCGCAGGCGGGGACUUUUGGAAGCGGUUUAGCGUCAUGGGCGCGGAGGGGCUCAAGGCGGGCAAGGAGAGUGAAUGGCUGUCCUCGCACAAUAAUGGCUGGCGAUCAAUCAAGAAAUGGAUCAUCAUCGGUCUCAUCCUCUUGAUCCUCGCCAUCGGCGGAGGCGUCACCGCCGGUAUCCUUCUCACUCAGAAGAAACCGGACCAGCUCAUCGCUACGCCAGUCACCAAGGUCUAA